CGCUCCGGGUUGGGGAGAGUUGGCCCAGCUGCCCCAGGCCCAGGACAAGCACGGGUCCCGUUAGCCGCGCGCCCCUAGACACCUGCCGCGGCCCAAUUCCAGACCGCCGGCAUGAACCGCAAGAAGCUGCAGAAGUUGACAGACACCUUAACUAAAAACUGCAAGCACUUUAAUAAAUUUGAAGUGAACUGUCUUAUAAAUCUUUUUUAUAAUUUGGUGGGAGAAGUAACAGAGUGGCAAGGUAUCACUAUUGGACUAGAUCGUAAUGCAUUUCGAAACAUCCUGCACAUGACAUUUGGAAUGACAGAUGACAUGAUUAUGGACAGAGUAUUCCGAGGUUUUGAUAAGGACAACGAUGGCUGUGUAAACGUAUCAGAGUGGAUUUAUGGAUUAUCAAUAUUUCUUCGAGGAACUUUGGAAGAAAAAAUGAAAUAUUGCUUUGAAGUGUUUGAUUUGAAUGGUGAUGGAUUCAUCUCAAAGGAGGAAAUGUUCCAUAUGUUGAAGAACAGCCUUCUCAAACAGCCAUCUGAAGAAGACCCUGAUGAAGGAAUUAAAGAUUUGGUUGAAAUAACACUUAAAAAAAUGGACCAUGACCAUGAUGGGAAGCUGUCUUUCACAGACUAUGAACAGGCUGUGAGAGAAGAGACCCUUCUACUGGAAGCUUUUGGACCAUGUCUACCGGAUCCAAAGACUCAUAUGGAAUUUGAAGCCCAAGUAUUCAAAGAUCCAAAUGAAUUCAAUGAUAUAUGAAUACCUAAAUGUCUGUGUUGUCUCAAGCGAGUAAAAAAGAGGCUCAUAUGUAUUGCUUAUUUUUUCUACUUAGCUCAGAAAUAUAAUGUUGAAUUGUGUGUUUGGGGUAGGGAAUGGGGCUCACCAACAUGUAUCAAUCAACAAGAUGCAAGUGAAAUAAAUGGAAGACAGGAAGUCCCUUAUUAAAUGUUGGGUUUGGCAAGACAAGAUCGCAUUGCCAGAUAUUUUACCACAUAGACUAUCUGUUAUAAGCAUCUAACUAUCAUAAAACGUGUAUUAAUGAAAUGAAUAGAGAGAUUACAUAAUCAUGAAUUACUGAGGCAAAAUUCUUCGUGUCAGAAAAAUACUGGGUAUACAUUUAAAAAUCAUUGAAAUUACUGAAUUUCCUUUGAGCAGUAAAUAAUGAAGAUAGCAUCUAAAAAAGAAGAACAACAGCAUUUAGCAACACCUCUCUGCUAGGCAUUGAGGGACUUUCUGAGAGCUGAAAUCAUCACGUACCUACUUCAGUAUAAUGCAUAUUACUGUUUGAGGCUUUGUCAGAAUAAUCUGCAUAGACACUAGGCAUCUGAGGGCAGGGGUCCCCGCACCCACCUUUAUGCCUAUCAGAGCAGUUAGCACAGUCCUGUGCACAGAAUGGGCCCCGAGUAAACACUGUGGAUGGAAAAGUACAAAGUGCUACAAAAUAAAUCCAAAUUCUUGGUGAGCAGAGGGGAAAGAAAGUGCUGUUUUUGUACAUAAUGGAUGAUGUGGCCGCAGCUUUCAGUCUAUCCCUGGAGUCACUCUGAUGCUCUCCACCCCAUUGCAGUUUGCUACAAAGGCCCCUGUCUUCCUUGACUCCCUCCGCCUCUCCACCUCAGCCCCACCACUUGUCCCCAUCCCCCUGACUGGGUACACCUCAGUGUCAUCCCCCACCUCUUGGAAUCCCCUCAUGCACUACUUAACAGGAAGCACAUCACAUCAUGUCCCACCAGCACUGAAGUCCUGAAGACAGAAGUGCUUCAUCUCUGCCUCCUACCAUCCAGCAGGUGCCUGUAGGCAUUGGAUGCAGCAUGAGAAAGAUGGGACCUACUUGGGUUCCUAUAGCUACUGUUUACCUUUCUUAAAUGCAUGCAAGCAGCUGAGAGAAGUUUUAUGCACAUAUCCCCUCUGUCCACAUAUAAACAUUCAGAGGCUACUUGGGACAUUAAAUUCCUUUUGCCACUACAUAUGUGUCAAGUUUAA